ACAUUUCUACCAUAAUAAAUCGUGUUAAACUUCUUUAUUCAUUUAAAAACUGGUUUGCAAUUGACAUUUAGAAUUUUAGCGACUUACCAAAUGUCACUGUGAUACUAGUGAAAAGAAGUUCUUCAAUAUGAAACCGUUUUCAUCCAAAUAUCCAUUGAUUCAAACGAUCUUCUCGAAAGUGCAAUGUUACGGUGUAGUGUUUGUCCUCAUACCUGGAAUAUUCGUAUUUCAAUUGGCCGUCGUAUUCCCAAACCUUGUCACGAUUCUGGACGCCAGUAUACCAAAACAAAUCACCCACAUGUGUUUGGCGUCAUUCUGCUUUAUAAAUAUCGUCGGUAAUAUGGUCUUAAGUAUGCUUAUUGAUUCGAGUGUGAAGAGACCAAAUAAAGAAGGAACGUACUGUGACUACUGCCGCAUGAUGAGACCGGCGAAAAGUUGGCACUGCAGACGGUGCAACGUCUGCAUCCUAAAGCGAGACCACCACUGCACCUUCAUCGCGCGCUGCAUUGGAUUGUACAACCAGAGGUAUUUCAUCCUCUUCCUCGGUCAUGUCAUGGUAUCCAUGACGUACGCUACCUACUACAACUACUACUACGUGUCUGCGAAGUUUGAAGAUCAUAGUUGGAUUGUGUCAGCGUUCCGUAUUGUCAACCCACUGCUCAGGUUCAUAAUCCCAGAGCCGAUGGGCAUCAAGGAUAUGUACGUGGUAUAUUUGUUUAUGAAUGUGGGGCUUAUCAUCUGGUCGGGAAGCUUGUUCUUCUAUCACUUUAGAAAUGUUGUGAUGGGUGUGACGGCCUACGAGGCGAAGUACCCGGAACUUAUGAAUUCUGUAAACUGGAAAGAGAACUUAAUAAGCGUAUUUGGAACGAAAUGGUACCUGGCUAUGGUAUGGCCACUCGCUGAUAGUCCGUUACCGGAUUAUGUGAAAGGAGAAUAGUAUAAUAUAGAAGUAUUUUGUAACUAUUUUUUGUAAAUAUUUUAUUUAAUAAAAGCUGUAGAUGUAAAACGUACUUUCAUUCCCAAAUAAAAAAAAAAUGUAAUCACUGUAAUAAACCUGUAAAAGAUGGUAUCUGAAAUCCAGAAAAUGAACGGUCCUCUUAUGUGGAAAUUGAUAAAAUCUUCAGUCUGAAAUUCGUUCCUUGCAAAUUUUUCACCGUUAUCAAAACUGGGAGCGAUAAAAAGCCGCUUUUGUCCGUGUGCUUACCUACAUUGCUGCGCUAACAGGGCGCGGGGAGCACGUAACCGUUACAUAAGCAGCGAUAAAACGGUAAACACCCACCGCAUGCUAAUGUUCAGGAAGUGGGACCGGCUUUACGUGAGCACUGGAUGCAAGCGGACUACCCGCGGCCAGGACUGUAUGCAAAUUAUUGAAACUGGUACUUGAGCAUAGAUAGGAACAAUUUUAAAAAGUCAAUUUGAUUUUGAACUAUGUUUAGUCUCCAUGUUGUCAACCUGCAUGCUACUUGCUACCAUAAACCUUAUGGUUAUGACAUAUUUUGUAACAGCAAAGGUUGAAAUUUCAAUAGGUGUUGCAAUAUUAUUUAUUAUUGUAUGAGGAACCGAGGAAGUAUCGUAUCAAAUAUAAUCAUGAUGAACAAAUACCUCGGUGAGUUUGUUAAUAGAACGCUGCUAUUGUUUAUGAUGUUGAACAAUCAUUAGAUCAUCUACAUAAUAAUAUUACGAUACCUGUAGCUGUGUGAAGAAAAUUAUUGCUAGAAUGCUCCUAUCUUAUAGAAAUAGUAAAUGUUGAGUCGACAUCCAAGAUACAGAAGCAAUACAAAUAAUAAUUGUUAUCAACAAAAAAAUCAUUGAUCAAGAAGCUAAUAAAGCAACCAAAUUCAAUUAUUCAUCAGUUAUUGAAGUUCAUACAAAUACAAUUGUUGCUAACAUGACAUCGGGCAAUAAUUCCGCGCAUGCGCACGCGAUCUAUGUGGCCACCGUUAUACGGGACCCGUUACCACAUGCAGCGGACGUUUGAUUUGACGUAAUACUUAUUGUUAAUGGUGUACGUGGACAUGCUGUGCCCAAUAAUUUCGUAUUUAAUGAUAUAUCUUCUUUUGUUUUUCAUUCCAGUCGCAGAGGUCGUAGAGAUAUUGGGAUGCGAUAUGGACGUGUUUCAUAAGAGUUGGUUUAUAACAGAUUAUCUCAAUAACAGAAAUUACUAACAUUUACUACUGCAGUUAAAAAUUAUAAAUCCAUCACUAAAAUGACACGAGGAAAACUCUGCAUUAGAGAAUAUUCAAAGAGCAGAAAAUCUGGGUCAAAAAAUUUGUAAAAUGGAUCGUAAGUAAGAUAAACAAAAGUGAGUUUUGAAGUAUUUAGCAUCUGGGAGUCUUCUCCAUAAGAGACUUCAAUGAUUAUAUCUUUGAACUUCACCUAAUAUCUCGUUCACGAUAUACUAACUUUAUUCCAAAUAACCUCAUUCCACUUAUCAUUGUUAGUAGCAGUUGCAACAUAAAUAGUAAGGUUUGAUGUCAAUCCGUCAUCUUUAUAGAGGUCUCACGAGUCGCAAGUGGGGCGAGGGUAUGAUGGUGCAGUAUGUCAGACUUGUGUUCUUAAUCUACAUCUGAAAAGAACUCACGAUGUAGGCAAAGAAUGUGUGUUAAUAAAUCUUUCACUAGUAAAACUAAAUCAUGAGUGCAAUCACCGCUUCGCUAGUCAAAAGGACAAAACAGCAACUAAUAUUUUGAUAAUAAAAAAAAACGUGAAUUGGAAAUAGUCUGGAUAUUGCGAUAAAUACACGUUCGUAAUUUAUGCCUAGGUAAUCAUAGCCAAUUUCAAAUUUUCUUUUGUCGUAAAUUCGUUUUUUUUUCAAUUAGA